AUGAAGUUCCUCACUACACUGAUGUUGCUUUCAAUUGGUGCGUCCCAGACAAUGGGAUUGUCGAUACCUCGCGCCAUGGCUGCCGGCCCCGUCGCCGAGGAGGCUGUGACUGACUACGGAAAGCGGGCGAUGGCUGCUGGUUCUGUCGCCGAAAAGGCUGUGACUGAUUACGAGCGCAAGUGA